AUGAAGAGAGGAAUAUUAGAAGUACUUCUCGUUGAUGCUCAUGGAAUCACACACACAAAUUUUAUUGGAAGUCCUGUGUAUUAUGUGUUGUUACAAUGUGGGACAAAGGAGUACCGAAGCAAAUUGUCAAAAGGUGAUCAUGACAAGGCAUUGUGGAAUCAAAAGUUUGUGUUUGAUUUCCCAAUGUCUCAAUGGAAGAAGCUGACACAUAUCAAGUUUAGAAUCAUGGACAAAGAGCUUUUCAAAGAUGGUGGAUUUGUUGGUGAAACCAUAAUUGAUCUUAAAGGGAUAUUAACCGAAGGAGGUGACAGAGGAUACAUGGAAGUUAAACCAACUCCAUACAAUGUUGUUCUUGACGAUGAUACUUUUAAAGGCGUCUUAAAACUCGGAUUCAGAUUCACUGCAGCGGAUAAAUUGCGGAGAAAGGCAUGGGAGCAGAAGAUAGACGGCAAAAACAGUGAAGAAGCAAUGAAUUCUCCAAUUUUGAGUCUGAUGAAACUCCCUUUGUUAAGGCUUUUCCUCUAUUGCUUCCAGAAAACAACCAAAUAUCAACUAAAAGAUAACUAA